AUGCUCAGCCGUCUCUGUCAUGUGAAGGGCGUGAGCUACGACUUUGUGGAUCCAUGUCAGCAGCUCUGUGGCUCCUACCAUCGCAUGUUCCACUAUGUGAAAAAACGGGCCCUGUUCUUUGUCCAAGAUAUUAGCACCGCCUCUGCAUUGAUGGAUGUCAGCUACAAGAUUUAUGACCAGGAGAACCAAAAGAUACCUAUCUUUGUCAAUACUUCUGCUGUACCCUAUUCUGUGCGGGAUAAGUUGGAGCCAGAAGAAAUGGAGCAGUUAAAGCUGACCAUGAACAAACGGUAUGAUAUCUCCCAGAAAGCUCUUGACCUCCAGAUGCUCCGCUUUGACCCAGACUUGGUGGGCCUUAACAUUGAUAUUAUCCUGAAUCGAAGAAACUGCAUGGCUGCCACCCUGCAGAUCAUCGAAAAGAACUUCCCUGAGCUGUUAUCUUUGAACUUAUGCAACAACAAACUUUACCGGCUGGAUGGCCUGUCUGACCUUAUACAGAUGGCUCCCACAGUCAAGAACUUGAACCUCUCCAGAAAUGAGCUGAACUCUACCUGGGAGUUGAGAAAGAUGAAAGGGCUGAAGCUUGAAGAGCUCUGGCUGGAUGGGAACCCCUUGUGCAGCACUUUCCCAGACCAGUCCACCUACAUAUGUGCCAUCAGGGAUUGUUUCCCCAAGUUGUUACGCCUGGAUGGCCAGGCGUUACCUCCACCAAUUAUCAUUCACAUUGACAGACCCUACUUAAUAAAUUCCUGCAAGGAAAGCCACAAAACAUCUGAGACGCUGAAGAGUCUAGUCAUGCAAUUCCUGCAGCAAUAUUACUUGAUUUACGACUCUGGAGAUCGACAGGGUCUCUUGGGUGCUUAUCACGACAAAGCUUGCUUCUCCCUGACCAUACCCUUCAACCCUGAGGACCCAUCUCCAAGCAGCUUGUGCGACUACUUCAAGGAUAACAGGAAUAUGAAGAACCUCAAAGACCCCUACCUGCGGGUUCAGCUCCUGAAGCAUACAAAACAUGACAUUGUGUGCUCCCUCUGUGUGUUGCCCAAAACUCAGCAUGACCUCAGCUCCUUCGUGGUGGACAUGUGGUUCCCGACGGAAAGGAUGCUCUUCUUCUUUGUCAAUGGGGUGUUCAAGGAAGUGGAAGGAAGGUCUCAAGGUUCUGUGCGUGCCUUCUCUCGGACCUUCAUUGCUACACCUGCCAGCAGUUCCAGUCUAUGUGUCGUGAAUGAUGAGCUGUUUAUGAGGGAUGCCACCCCCAAGGAGACUCAGAGUUCAUUCUCUGUCCAUGUGCCCACAACCACCUCCAUCUUUGGGUCCACCUUCUCCCAAGAGCAGCAGAAAAUGGUGCAGGCUUUCUCCACUCAGUCUGGGAUGAAUGUCCAGUGGUCUCGGAAGUGA